AUGUCUGCUGAUACUGUUGGAAAGACCAUUACUUGCAAGGCUGCCGUUGCCUGGGAGGCCGGCAAGGACCUUUCGAUUGAGGAUAUCGAGGUUGCUCCUCCUAAAGCCCACGAAGUCCGCAUCCAGAUUUACUACACCGGAGUCUGUCACACGGAUGCAUAUACGCUUUCCGGGAAGGACCCCGAGGGGGCAUUCCCUAUCGUUCUGGGACACGAGGGAGCUGGGAUCGUGGAAUCGGUGGGUGAGGGCGUCACCUCCGUAAAGCCUGGAGACCACGUUGUUGCACUCUACACCCCGGAAUGCAAGGAAUGCAAAUUUUGCAUAUCUGGCAAGACCAAUUUGUGCGGGAAGAUCCGAGCUACCCAGGGCAAAGGUGUGAUGCCAGAUGGCACCUCAAGGUUCAAGUGCAAAGGCAAAGAUCUUCUGCACUUCAUGGGCACGUCGACUUUCUCCCAGUACACCGUCGUCGCCGAUAUUUCCGUCGUGGCCAUUACCGACAAGGCUCCCAUGGAUCGCACAUGCUUACUUGGCUGCGGCAUUACCACCGGCUACGGGGCAGCAGUGAUUACGGCCAACGUGGAGCAAGGCUCCAACAUCGCUGUUUUCGGCGCCGGCUGUGUUGGUCUUUCGGUCAUCCAAGGUGCCGUGAAGAACAAGGCGGGCAAGAUCAUCGUGGUGGACGUCAACGACAAGAAGAAAGAAUGGGCCGAAAAGUUUGGUGCGACAGACUUUGUCAACCCUACCCAGUUGAAUGGCCAGACUAUCCAAGACAAAUUGAUUGAGAUGACGGAUGGUGGAUGCGACUACACCUUUGACUGCACUGGCAACGUCCAGGUCAUGAGGGCUGCUCUUGAAGCAUGCCACAAAGGCUGGGGCCAGUCCAUCAUCAUCGGCGUUGCCCCUGCCGGCGCUGAAAUCUCCACUAGACCCUUCCAAUUGGUCACUGGCCGUGUGUGGCGAGGCUGUGCUUUUGGCGGUGUGAAAGGUCGUUCUCAGCUCCCAGGACUCGUUAAAGAUUACAUGGAUGGCAAGCUCAAGGUCAACGAGUUCAUCACGCAUCGCCAGCCUCUUGACAAGAUCAACGAUGCAUUCCAUGACAUGCAUGCCGGCGACUGCAUCCGAUGCGUGGUUGAUAUGGGCGCGAAACAAGAAUGA